GACAACGAGAAUCAGCUGACUCCAAUUAGGAAUCGCCUCAGGCAGCCAAGCCUAACUAGACACACCCCUAAUAAUACACACUCCCAAUUAAUACAAACCCCAAUACGAAAUACAACAUAUAAACCCAUGUCACACCCUGGCCUACCCAAACAUAUAACAAAAACACAAGAUACAAUGACCAAGGCGUGACAAUUAGUUACGUGAUUAUUCAGUUGACCGCACAGUAACUAAUUACAGAGAAUCUUUGAUAAAAACGUAUAAGUCUUCAGUUAAUGAUAGUAAAGACACUACAACAGUAAGCACCUGACUUUGAGACAUGCUGCACGAUGACAUGUUUUAUUAUCAGUUGAUAAGUCACUCAGUUGUUUUGACAAUCGCUUUGUUGUAUGAAAGCCAAAUAUCACUGUUAGCUCUGAGGAUUGUUAGAAAUAAACAACAAAUUUGACAGAUUUUAAAAAUAUUGUUCAGGGAAUAAUCAUGCUAUAAACUCCAUCAAAUCAAUCUAACGCCCUUUUGAUUUCACUGGACACUCUAAAUUGUUUGUAGACUUUUAUUGAUCUGCAGGUUGCAUUGCAUGUACACUGAGUGUACAAAAUACUAAGAACGCCUUCUUAAUAUUGAGUUGCAAGGACUACAAGGUGUCGAAUGCAUUCCACAGUGAUGCUGGUCCAUGUUGACUCCAAUGCUUCCCACAGUUGUGUCAAGUUGGCUGGUUGUCCUUUGGGUGGUGGACCAUUCUUGAUACACACAGAAAACUGCUGAGCAUGACAAACCCAGCAGCAUUGGAGUUCUUGACACAUUCAAACUGGUGUGCCUGGCACCUCCAUACCCUGUUCAAAGGCACUUAAAUAUUUUGUCUUGCCCAUUCACCCUCUGAAUGGCACACAUACACAAUCCAUGUCUCAAUUGUCUCAAAACUUAAAAAUCCUUCUUUAACCUGUCUCCUCCCCUUCACCGACACUGAUCGAAGUGGAUUUAAAAGGUGACAUCAAUAAGGGAUCAAAGCUUUCACCUGGAUUCACCUGGUCAGUCUAUGUCAGGGAUGGACAACUUUGAGGGGGUAGGGACCACAAAAUAUUUGACCAUUCUUAUUACAAGUUUAAGAUAGCUGGCCGCUAGACUAACUUACUAAUCGAAAUAAAAUGGCUGACAUGGGCUAAUUGAGUGACCGCUGAUGCACAACCACAUUUCGAAAUUGCACCGUGUGUAUUCUAACUCAACAGUAAGUUGAGACCCCGACUGAGUUCAGCGGGCCUACAAAAGGGGCUCCACGGGCCGCAUGCGCCAGUUGCCCAUCCCUGGUCCAUGUCAUGGAAAGAGCAGGUGCUUCUAAUGUUUUGUACACUCAGUGUAUAAUUUCACCCCUUGUGAAACACAAAAUGUUCCAUGUAUUGUCAUGAACACAAAGGAGUUAGGAAUCUAGUAGCACACGAGUAAAGGUGCACACACACAUGGGUGUGUGAUUGGCUAUAUAAGCCUAUCCUGUUGCAUAAUGAUGCCAGAUUACCUUACUAGAAUGAGAUAUAGGCCCAGGGCCAACUUUCUUCUGUUGAUUCUCGACAGGUGUCAACUGUGAUUGCAUAGUAACAUGAUAUUUAUCUUUAUUGGGCUGAAGCCAAAUUUGGCCUUUUUGAUGAAUAACCAAGAACAAUUACAUAUUUUGUGGUCUGGAAGAUAAUAGCCUACGCAAAAUGUGAUUAUCCUGAAAUGUUUGCCCAUUGAUUGCUUCUGGUUUCCAUUAGUUACUGGAAAUGCAAUGGUAAGUAGGCCUAUGAUCAAUAAAGGCCUACAGCCCUUGUGCUGAAUGCAGUAUUUUUGCAUUUGUAAACAUGAAAAACUCUUAUUUAUUAUUAUUUUUACCAUGUAAGACAUUCAUGAAAUAUGAACAUAUCUGGAAUAUUAAUAUUUAUUGGAAAAUAGAAGAACAUUAAGAACAUGACAAAAAAACACUCCAAAAGACAUGCAUCUAAGAUAGGUAUGUUUAAGACUAGUGCACAGGGUGAUACAGUUUAAUGACUAUGAAUCGUACUGGAUUUGCUCAGUCCUAUUUGGUGCAGUUGGGUAAAUUCUCAAGGUGACGGUUAAGGCAGGACUUCCGGUAAAAAAAAAUAGCUAUCCGGAAGUCUGCACUCUUGUGUCUUGAGAAAACAAAUGGCAGGAAUGAAACUGUCGAAAUGAAGUUCGUUUGAUAAUAAAAACAAUCCAAAUUAAAGUGUGACGGCGAUACAUUAUUUCAUCUUCACUUGCUUAUUGAUCCUGCAUAUUGUCAUCGAAGAGGUUAGUGAAACGAAGGAAGAAAUGGCUACAGAGACCGAAUUCUACGUUAUGAAACUGGAGAUUGACAGGGAAGGUAUGAACUGAAGACCAGCACUUUCAUCCCCUGACCAGCUCACCUACCUCCUGUCAAAUAUGAAUCCAGCUCUCCCUCAAUUUUUCCCUCAUACCUUAUACAUAUUUAUUGUCUUUUUUUGACUCAAGCUAUACCUAAUUAUGUUAACCUGUUUUCAUUACUUUAAUACAAUAUUUAAACUAACCAAUUAACCUCUCCACAUGUCCUUAUUGUGUUCUGCAUUCCUUUGUCACAACUUAUUUACAAACCCAGUCUUCCUAACUUCCUUUCCCUCGUAAGUUGUUUGGGCCAUGCUCCGUAAGAGAGGUUCUGCUAUUCUCUGUGGUGCUUUUCUCUUUGUCGCCUGGAAUGCUGUCGUGGUCCUCUAUCUGUGGGGCCGACCCCUGUCUGGUCGAGAGGAGAUGGAUGGAGGACGAGGAGGGGCUGAUUUGGCUGGGGAUGUGAUCCACAUGGCAGAAGCCUUUGAGGCAGAGCUUGAAAUGCAGAGACAAAUCCUGCUUCAGAUACAGGGUCAUCGGUCACUAUGGGAACAACCCAAUGAGAAUGGCGCCAGCAGAGGUGGCCCCCCUCAGGUGGUCAUUCCCAUCUUGGUUAUAGCCUGCAACAGAGUUACUGUUAAACGCUGCCUGGACAAACUCAUAGAGUACCGCCCCUCAGCUGAACUCUACCCAAUUAUAGUCAGCCAGGACUGUGGGCAUGCGGAGACUGCACAGGUGAUUGGUUCUUAUGGCAGUCGGGUAACUCACCUGAAACAACCAGACCUGUCAGAUAUUGCCGUGAAACCAGAACACAAGAAGUUCCAGGGCUACUACAAAAUCUCCAGGCACUAUCGCUGGGCUCUCAACCAGGUGUUCAACUCUCUUUCACAUUCCUCUGUUGUUAUUGUGGAAGAUGAUUUGGAGGUGGCACCAGAUUUCUUUGAGUACUUCAGAUCCCUUCACCCAAUCCUGAAAUCUGACCCGUCUCUGUGGUGUGUGUCUGCCUGGAAUGACAAUGGUCGGGACGGCUACGUCGACCCUGGUAAAGCAGACCUCCUGUACAGGACAGACUUCUUCCCUGGGCUGGGCUGGAUGAUGAUCAAGAAACUCUGGAUAGAGCUGGAGCCCAAGUGGCCUGGUGCAUUCUGGGAUGACUGGAUGCGUCAGCCGGAUCAGCGCAGAGAUCGAGCCUGUAUUCGACCCGAAAUAUCCAGAACUUUAACCUUUGGACGGAAAGGUGUGAGCCUAGGCCAAUUUUAUGACAAAUACCUACGCUACAUUAAACUGAAUAGUGAAUUUGUGCCUUUCACCAAGCUGGAUCUGGCUUACUUGAAGGAGGAGAAAUACAAGGAGAUCUUUGAGAAGCAGGUUUACAGUGCACCUUUGGUCAAAUAUGAAGAGGUCCAACGGGGACAGUUAAAAGGAGCGGGUCCAUUUUGUCUACACUACUCAAGCAAAGAUGGUUUCAAAGUGUUGGCCAAAAACCUGGGUGUGAUGGAGGACUUAAAGUCAGGGGUCCCACGGACAGGGUAUCGGGGAGUGGUCAGUUUCCUGUCAAGGGGAAGAAGAAUCUUCCUGGCACCCCCUCCGGGAUGGAGCAAGUAUGACCCAACCUGGAGUUGAUGACAAACACAAAGGACUGUAGAGGAAAGGGCUCUGCACAUUACAGUUAGUACUAUGGCAACAUAAGUGAGUCCAAUGAAUGACAGAUGUGGACCUGGCUUUAAGCUAUAGUGAGAUUAUGAAAUGCCUAUCCUCUCUCUUCCAUUUCUGAUAUUUGAUUUUUCUCCCCAUACUCUCAGGAUUUUUCAUACUCAAAUAAAUAUAUUUUUGCAAUGUGGAGUUGGGAUAGUAGGGUAGGUACCGAUGUCAUUAUUUUCAGAGAUUUAUUUUUUAUAUACUCUUAAUCAUGCACAUGAAAUUCAUUGCAACAUCCACUGUGAUUAUUCUCAGUCUUGUAAGCAAUUUCUGGGAGACUUUUACUAAUCUAUGUCAGAUGAAAUAUAUAUUAUCUGUGGUGUGUUCAAUAAUGGUGGUGGUCAACUAGUGAUUGGUCCUAAAGUAUUGCUUCACAAUAUUUAGUUAAUCUUUUGGAGAACUGUUUUGACUAUUUUAACCUGGUUAUAAUAAUGCUUAAUGUUUUUCCCAAAGAGACGGCUACUGAAGUGUGUGUUUAUUUAAAUGCAAGAUACACAUCACAAAUGCUGUAUCUUAUGUACUUAAGGAAUUAAAUUCUACCAAUCGA